GAAAACUUGUGUACCAGAGGUCCCAUUGGUGUCUCCGUUCUACCAUCUGCAGGUUUUUUUUUGGUGGCUGCUGUAGCUGGCUGCAUAUCUGUGAUCACUAAUAUGAGUUUCAGUGGCCCCUCUAUCGGUUCUGGUGGUAGAACUGCCAGAAGGGCAUUUGAGUUUGGACGGACAUAUGUGGUGAAACCUAAAGGCAAACACCAGGCAACCAUUGUCUGGUUGCAUGGCCUUGGUGAUAAUGGUUCUAGCUGGUCCCAGCUCUUGGAGACCCUUCCUCUUCCAAAUAUCAAAUGGAUAUGCCCCACGUCACCUGCUCAACCAUUAACCUUAUUUGGCGGCUUUCCCACCACUGCAUGGUUUGAUGUAAGUGAUCUCUCCGAAGAUGCACAUCAAGAUGUAGAAGGGAUGGAUGCUUCAGCAGCACAUGUUUUAGGUCUGCUGUCUACAGAGCCUCCUAAUAUCAAACUUGGUGUAGGAGGCUUCAGUAUGGGCGCAGCAACUGCUCUAUACUCUGCAAGUUGCUUUAGCCAUGGAAAGUUUGGGAAUGGCAACACAUACUCUACUCAUUUGGAUGCAGUUGUUGGUCUUAGUGGCUGGCUUCCAUGUGCAAAGGACCUGAGUAAGAAGGUCGAAGGGGAAGAAGCCGCAAAUCGUGCAUCAUCCUUGCCCGUUUUGCUCUGCCAUGGCAAAGCUGAUGAUGUGGUACGGUUCCGUUAUGGGGAGAAAUCAGCCGAGAAACUAAGUACAACAGGGUUCAAAAGCCUGACAUUCAAAAGCUAUGAGUCGCUUGGGCACUACACGAUCCCGGAAGAGAUGGAUGAGGUGUGUUCGUGGCUAACUUCAAAACUAGAGCUGGAAGGUGGUAAGUCGUAGUAGUUUACUUAUUAUUACAUGAUUAGGUAAAGUAUGAGUUUGAUGAGUAUUAGUUGGAAGAAAGGCUCUCAGAUUGUAUCAUCAUCAUCAUCUACCUUAUUACCUGCUGCUGCUGCAUUUUAUUGUGUGGAUUCUUGAUUUAAGCUUCUCAUUCACUUUUAUCUUUUGAACCCCUACAUUUUCACUAAUGAACAUUAAGCAUAAGUUUUUGCUA